CGCGGCGGGCCAAUCACAGAGCGGCUCGUGACGCCGUAAACAGCGGGGGCGCGCGCGUCGGCUGUCAGACGCUCGAGACGCACGUCAUGGCCGGAAAGGAGAAUACGGGAGGACUUUGGGAUUCUCUGAAGAAAGCCACUUUUGUCAUCGGAUCCGGGCUUUUCUUUCUGGUCGGGUUUAGGAACUCGGUCACAUGGCACCUGCAGAGGUUCUGGGGAGCGUCGGGGGAUUUCUGGCAAACGCAGUGGACCAAACUUCACCAGGCGCUGGGAGGAAAUGAGCCGGCCUUGUUUUUUAUCGGGACCAUGCUGGUGCCCACGCUGUCCUUCUGGUUGUUUAACGGCGUCCUGAUGCUGGUGGACACCACGGGAAAGCCACACUUCAUCACGCGCUACAGGAUUCAGCCGGACAGGAACAACCCGGUGGAUGCGGAGCGGUUACGGCACGCGGUCAAGACGGUGCUCUUCAAUCAGGUGUGUCUGUCCGGCCCCGUGGUGGUGCUCACCUUCCUCCUGAUGAAGUGGAGAGGAGACCCGUGCGGCCCGGAGCUGCCCACCUUCCACUGGGUCCUGCUGGAGCUGGCCGUCUGCGGGCUGCUGGAGGAGGUCCUCUUCUACUACACACACAGGCUGGUUCAUCAUCCCUCGCUCUAUAAGAGCGUCCAUAAGGUCCAUCACGAGUGGACGGCUCCGGUCGGGGUGGUGGCGCUCUACGCUCAUCCUCUGGAGCAUGUGCUGUCUAACAUGCUCCCGGCUCUGAUGGGUCCGGUCCUGCUGGGAUCACACGUGUCCACCACCAGCCUGUGGUUCACCGUCGCUCUGCUGGUCACUACGGUGUCUCACUGUGGAUAUCACCUGCCCCUGCUGCCCUCGCCCGAGUUCCACGACUUCCACCAUCUCAAGUUUAAUCAGUGUUACGGAGUGCUGGGAGUCCUGGACCGGCUUCACGGCACGGACGAGAAGUUCCGUAGCUCUAAAGCGUACGAGCGGCACACGGUCCUGCUGGGUCUGACGCCGCUGAGCGAGAGCAUCCCUGACCAUCCCAAGAAAGCCCAGGAAUGAGCGGAAGAGAACCACAGCGAGCGUGAACACACUACGAGAUCCUCGGAGCGGACGGAUCCGGACUCUGGACCUACUGCUGAAUCAGAUUCGUCUCAGAACAUUUAUACAGAGAUCAGUCGUUUUAAUUCUUUGUUUUAACACUGAAAUGUAGUCAUGUUUUUAUGGGAAGGAACACUGUACUCUUUCUGUCCCUGAUGAUUCUUUUAUUAUUUACAUUGUCAGUAAUUCUAACGCACAUCUCAAGAUUCAUUAAAUAAGAGUUGAAGUAAAAAGUGAGUGUGUGAAUGAGUGCUUGUAGUGGAGGACAGAAGAGUUUCUGAGAGGCUGAAUGAAAACUGAGGUGUUUCGAGAUAACCGAACCGCUCUGCUUUCACUCGUCAACGUCCUUCACUUCAUCACGAGAAGAUCAGACUCAAGACAGUGCUUGAAGGAGGUCAAAUAAAAGACGUCCUCUUUCUCAAGCAGCACAGUCUCGAGGGAAACUUCUGAAGAGUUUAAUAGUUGAUUUAAAGCCAGACUCAAACAGGAAAGUUCACAUGUAUUCAUUUUAAAACGUUAUCUAUUGAUUCUACAGAUAUUUUAUGAACUAUAUAUAUAUUUUUCAAUGAAAUGCUUUAAAAUGAUUGUAAAACUAAAAUUGCUUGUGCAUAAUGGAUUAAUAAAAUCAAAAUUAAAGCAAGUCAAUUUUACAAUUA